UAGAGGAGGAGGGAGAGAAAGAGAGAGAGAGGCGCACACUAAGAGAGGGGGAGACGGACACAAAUGGAGAGAAAGCCUCAGCGAGCCCUUGAACUACAGUAACAAGUGGUCACUUGAGUAAUCACUGGUGAUUCAGAGAGAAAUAAGCAGACACCUUCACAAUCAUGGCGAGUCUUCCCAAAGAGCCCCCUGAGGAUGUCAAGAAACAGAGCUUCUGGAUGCCAGGGAAUUAUGUGCGCACAGUGCGCCGGACAGAUCAGUCCCACCAGGCUUGUAACGACAUCAUGGCCUGCUUCAUGGAGAGGGCGAAGGUGGAGAAACAGUAUGCCCAGCAGCUCAGCCAGUGGAGCAGCAAGUGGAAGUCCAUUGUGGAUUCCAGGCCGUUGUAUGGCUCCCUCAUGAAGGCAUGGCAAUGUUUCUUCACCUCCACCGAGCGCCUGUCGGCCCUACACUCCUCCAUCUCCCAGUCACUGGUCGCAGAGGAAGGAGACCGGGUAAAGUCGUGGCAGAGGGAGAGCUUCCCAAAGAAAAUCUUCUGUGGGUUCAGGGAGAGCUACGACAGCAACACAAGUUUCUCACGGGCGCAGAAACCCUGGUCCAAAAAGCUCAUGAAGCUGGAGAAGGCCCGCGUUGCAUACCACAAGUCCUGUCAAAGGGAGUCCACAGCUCUGGACAAAGAGAAACAAGCAAAGGAAAACUCUGAGAUGAGUCCAGAGAAGCAGCAGAAGUUCACAGAUGCCAAAGAGAAGGUCACAGAGGAGAAGGAUAAGUGUCGAGAGAAUUACGAGAAGGUGCUGGAGGAUGUAACGACCUACACUCCUCGCUACAUGGAGGAGAUGGAAGCCAUCUUUGAACAGUCGCAGGAGGAAGAGAGGAAGAGGAUCAGCUUCCUGAAGCAGGUCUUCCUCUCCAUCCACAGACAUCUUGAUGUCACUAACAAUGAGAGUGUGAAGGCCGUGUAUAGCGAGCUCCAUCAAACUCUGAUGUCCAUCGAUGACCAGGACGAUGCCAAAUGGUGGAAGAACAACCAUGGCCCUGGCAUGCCCACAGACUGGCCGAAGAUCAAGGAAUGGGUCCCACCAGUAAAGAAACUGAAUAGAAAGAAGAGGGACCAGAAAAGAAAAGACAGCCGACCUGUGAUGAUUGGAGGAGUGAAGGUGCGAGCUCUGUACGACUAUGUGGGAGAGGAGGGAGAUGAGCUGUCCUUUACAGCAGGUGAAGUGUUCCUCAAGGUAGAGGAGGAAGAUGACCAGGGUUGGUGUCGAGGCGUCCUGAGUGGAGGGAAGGAGGGCUUCUAUCCAGCAAACUAUGUUGAAGUUGCUGAGUGAUGUCACACUGUCUAAUAUACUGUGUCCUAAAUUUAUUUCUUACAAAGAGUUAGCUUUCAAAUAUUUAAAAAAGAAUAACAUUUCUGAUUAUAUUUUAUGAUUUCACACUGAUUCUACAUCAAACUGUACCUAGAUGUUUCUUAAGGCCUAAUAUUCUAACAUAUUGGUUUGAGUAAUUCUGCAUAAAAAAAAAAACUAAGACUAUAAUGUUGCUGUGCAGGAGCUGUAUGUGUAUGUGUGAGUGUGUAUGUGUGUGUUUGCAUGCAUGUAUGCAGGUUAUUACCAAAGAAAACAAGAUAAGAUAUUUAUUUACUGCUCUCUCUCUGAGUCAUCAGGUCACAAUGAUAGCUGAUAAUGAUUUAUGAGGUUUAACUGAGCACAGGUUUACAAUGAUAUGUGCACACAAGCCUGUUAAUGUUUACUUAUUAAGUAUUAUGUAGAGCACGCAGACGUCACUUUGACUGAGGGGGUGGAUUUUCAAAAUAAAGCGGAAUUGUUUUACCUCA